AUGCAUCGCAGCAACGCAUGGACAUGCACACCUUUAGACUCCCUCAGGACCCGUCUUUCCACUGACCAAGUGGAUACAAUUAAUGUUCAAGGAGUGGUUGUUAAUGAUGCUCGCCCGACCUUUAAUGAAAUCUAUCAAGAUUAUGAACUAGAAUUCACGAUCAGAGACAAGGAUACUGGUGUCGAAAAGGACGUUUGGCUCCUUUCUGGUCACCAGGGCUACUUGUUUGUCAUCAAGGCAGGUUGGACCGUCAGGAUUACUCAUGCAUUCUACAUCGAUGCUUCCCCGCUCCCGCCAGUGAUCGCCGCAAGUGCCGCAAAGGGCUCACUUUGGACCUUUUUCGUCUCAUAA